AUGGGUUUAAUAACAUCCCGUGAACAAACCAUGUUGGAUGGACCAGUCACUACAACAAAAAGCCACCAUGUACGGCAACCGUCCACCAGAAAUCGGACAAAACCUCCGAUGCCAGAUAGAGAUGAAUUGGAGAAUAGAUUCAUCAAGGUUCUGCAGACUUUGUCAUUGAAAGCUGACGCAGAAUCACUUCCAGCUAAUGUUGAUAUAUGA